UUGAUAUUGGGGACCCAACGUAAUUUCAGUGACUGGUCAUCGGCGAAGCAACAAUCGUAGCUCCAUUUUUUCCACUCUUGUCAAUUUUCUGAACUUUCUAUCGUCCCAUUCCGUAUCAAGACAUUCUCUUUCCCCUUCAUCCCUCUCACAUUUUGCAAAUAUAAUGCCAAGUGCUGCCAGCUUGGCAGAGAAUGGCUUACCAUCUUCACGAACAAAAAAAUCUGUAGAUCUCAACAUUGAUGCUAUUAUGGAUACCAAUGGGUCCCCCAAGCCGCGGCAAACAAAACCAGCAUUUACUUCAUCCAUGUACAACAAUCAUUCUAAAAAGCAUGACCAUUAUUCAAAACCAUACUAUUACAAUCAAUAUGGCACCAGUCAAAAGCGACUCUACCAACGCUGGGCUCGUCUCAUAGUGGUUGUAUUGGCUAUACUGCUUAUUCUGUCGUACCUGCCUUUCUUUACUUCUGCACCAGCUCAAACGUCUACUCCCCCUGCUUAUGAACGACCUCGAGACCAAAAAGCUCCAGCCUUUGCGCCAGUUGAGCCGUCGGUCCGAGAUCAAAUCCUGUUGUAUCGUAUCAUUGGUAACGAUUUGCCACCGAGACACAAGGAAGGUCAGACGUUAUCGAAUCUUGCUUUUAUCCUCCAACAUGAACAGAGCUUUCCAAAUACUCGGAAAAUCUUUUUGCUUAAUCGGAUUGUGGAUCCUGUGAAUGAAGCGGCCAUCAUUCGAUUAUUAGAUGAAUAUAAAAUGGAAUAUAUUCGAGCGCCUUUUCAUGAAGAGGACUACGUCAAAAUGGAUUUUCGACUAGAGGACUUCCCGGAAAAAGACUUUCUUCAUUCGGACGAUUACAUGCAUUUCUCUAAGGUGGCGAAAUUACGCACGUUGGAUUAUACGUAUCAUGACAAGAACUUGUAUGCCAUGAAUAAUAAUGGUGGACGAAACACUGCCCUACGACAUGCCAAAUCUUUAUCCAAUACCCGCUGGAUCAUGCCCUUCGAUGGAAACUGCUUCUUGAGCGUCAAUAGUUUCCAAGAAAUCCGAUCUCAGCUGGAGCGCUAUGGCCACAAUACCAAGUAUUUCGUAGUCCCCAUGACCCGUCUACUCAAUAACUCCGUCCUACUGGAUGGCAUGGAUGAGAAACCAAAGACCCCCGAAGAGCCUCAGCUGAUAUUUAGGUAUGACAGUGAAGAGGAGUACAAUCCAAACAUGCGCUAUGGUCGGCGCAGCAAGCUUGAGCUUCUAUGGCGUAUUGGAGCCUUGGAAAAUCGACGUUCCCUUAACCGACCCGUCGUACCUUGGGAGGCAGAAGAGCGACCGUACAGCAAGGACAAAGGCAAUUUCAAAACGGUUGGAUGGGUAUUUCGAUUAUUCUCUGGUAAUCCCCAGCAAGAGGAGAAUAAGAAAGAAGCUACUUCCAUUCGAGCCUUCAAUCGCUUGCUCGCUAUUCAAAAUUAUUUGGAUGCUUUAGACGAAAAACUCGCUCGCCGUACCUUCCGACAAGAACAUCUUUUCUUAUUCAAUGAAAACGAAAUUGCACAGAUUCGAUAUUCGCUUUGGAGUGGUGACCCGGAUGUUCGAAAGAUGGUCGAUCACAUUGAAGCGCGUGCCAAUACUAUUUUAGCGGAUAUCGAGGGGCGGUUUGCGCCAGAAAUAAGUCAGCAUCCUGGGGAACAAGAUCAACGUGACGACGAUGCAGGACAUAAUGAAGACCCACUGGCAGCAAGACAAUUUUUAAAACCCGAUUUUGUUGUCAGGAAUGAGGGAACGGCCCAGCCUCGUAACAUAUCAAGUGAUGAUCCAAACUUCCUUGGCCCACUUGCCGACAAUGUGACUGUAUUGGCAUUGGCGCGAUACUUCGUUGGCAAUGAAAAAUAUGGACGAUGGGCAGCUAAUCUUGUUAGAGUUCAUUUUUUGAAUGAAUAUGCCAUCGAUACGCAAGAGGAAUAUAACAUGGCACGCGUCAUACAGGACAAGGGUCAUAUGUUGGACUUCUUAUCAGAUCAAGGAUACUCGUUCCCAAGUCUGAAUCGUGUUCCUCGUAUUGUUCCCAAGUAUGGCAGCAAUCCCAUCCCGAUACCUCAUGAUUUGACCAAAGUCAACCUAGCCCCUUUUCUUGACGCCAUACGCAUUUUACACAAGACGCAAACCCUCACGCAUAAAGAAUACGUUGAACUACAAUCCAUCGCCUCUGAAUUUUUGGAGUACCUUGUGAACUCGCCUACUGGAAUUCAUCUUGCUCAACUUCCCGAUCACCGCAGUGUGCUUUACGAUUUACAAGUGGCAGCUUUGGCGACGUUCACCGAUGACUUGCGACUCUAUUUACGAGUGGCCAAUCGAUGUCGUAUGAGGAUUGGCAAACAGUUUUCGUCUGAUGGUUCACAACCGUAUGAAAUUGCCUUUGCUCAAGCAACCAUGCCUUUGCCGGGCACUUCAGCGGAUUUCGACAAACUCAAGUUUCAUUAUGAAACGCUCAAUCUACAAUAUUGGACACUUCUUGCUCGUGCUAUUCAAAACACGGGUAUCAGUAAGGAUAUUUGGCACUAUGCACCGGCAGGCGGAUUGCGGUUGUCUCGGGCCGUGGCUUUACAUGGAAACAGCGGAAUGACACCUCGACUUCGUCCUCUUUUACAUAUGGCCCACGCUGCUUAUGCAUACAGUAGCAAAGAUCAUGAUACCCGAAACAUGAUGAACAGCGGUGACUACGAUGCUCUCAAGAAGCGAUUAAGUCAAGUAGGUAGUAAAUGGGACGCUGCAGCCAUCGACCAGAGUCUCAACACCGACCUUUCCGACCAAGAUGGUUCCAAAACGAACUUUGGCAUCCCCGUCCUGUGGAUGGCAGGGAUUGCUUAGACUUUCCUACAAAACCCCCCAACCCACUCACCGUUGUCAAUGUUGCCUAUUUUUCUCCUUAAAUGUGCCACACUAUAGAAUUCACUUCACACAACCUUCUCAUUCUCUUUGACAUUCUCUCCAUGCAUCCCAUUCACUCAUACAUUCUGGUAUUGCUAUUUCUUGUUUAAUUGUUCUUUUUUUUCUUCUUCUUCUUCUGCUU